AUACCGACUUGAAAUAUUAUACUCGUAUUUUGGUGUCAAAUUCAUACAUCGGAUACAUCUUAUAUUCUUACACUCGAAAUAAAAUGGCGGAAAGUUUCUCGCAGCAUCAGAUUGAUGUGUUCAAAGACUGCUUCAACUUGUAUGAUAAAAAUCGUGAUGGAAAGGUUGAAAAAGACGAGUUAACAAAAAUCAUGCGCGCUCUGGGACAUCCUGUUACGCAUGUCGAGAUUUUUGACAUCAUGAAAGAACAUGGAAAGACAAGCGUUACAUUCCCUGAAUUCCUGAAAAUGGUUGCUGCACAAAAUGCAAAACAUGUGAAUAUUGAAAGGGAGAUUCUUGAUGCAUUUAUCUUACAAGACAAAAGCAGAAAAGGUUAUAUUAGCCGUGCUGAGUUUGAACAUCUUCUUGUAAAGGGUGGAGAAGGAAUGACAAAACAUGAAGUGCAACAACUUCUCUCACAGUAUGGUUUCGAUAAAAUGAUCACCCAAAUUAACUAUCAAGAACUCAGUCAAAGAAUAAGUGCAAAUUCAAAAAUGCAGUAGCGAUCGAGGAAUAACUAUAAAGUGACUUUCACCUUAAUGUAUUUAUACCCAUUUAUAUUUAAAGCCAUUUAUGUAUUAGCUAGGCUACCAUGUAACAAUGUAUGAAAUUGUAUGGAAAUAUUCUUAUUUAUGCAGUUAUUUAUGCAUUUUAAAAAAAAUAAAAUAUC